CAAAAGACAACAUUACCCAUCCAGUUUCCGUUACUUGAGUCUCCAGGAUCCAGUCAAAACACAGAAGACAGUGACCAGGUGUCUGAAAAGCAACCCUGCAUGCCCGCGCAGGACAACACCUGUUGGAACGAAAGAGAGGGCGUUACAUUUCAGGAGUUUCAAUCCCCUGCACAUUCACACUUCAUAGCAGAAAGCACAGAUUCUGCAUCAUACCAAUCCAACGCCUCAGAAUCCUUCAGGGUUCCUGCCAUUUAUGUGAGCAACCACAUUGUACCCUUUCCCCACUGAAUCCUUCUUCUUGUCAGAGGUGUAAAGUCUGACAGAACCCAUUGAUGAGAUGACAAUUCCCAGAUAGAAAAGAGAAGAGGAGAAGAGGAGAAGGCUUGGGUCUUUAAGCCUGUUCGGAUGGCCUCCUCUGCUAAUGACAGGACUUGCUUCCAUUGCAAAGCUUCUUCUGAUGUGUUCAGGCCAGGCUGGGGACGUCGUCUUGGUGGUUAUGUCAUGCUCUGCAACCGCUGCGCCUCUGCUUAUGAAGAUGGAAGUUUCUGCAGCACUUUUCACCCAGAUGCCAGUGGUUGGAGAGUUUGUGCUACUUGUAAUAAGCCUGUUCACUGUGGAUGUAUCAUGUCAGCCCAUACACAUACCAUAUUGGAUUUUGGAGGUGUAAGAUGCAGGGAUUGCGUCUUAAAAAUGACUUUGGCAACACAAAGGCAGAAUCUGACUGGCCCUUCUGCGGUUGGACAAUCUGCAAUAAUUCCACCACCCAGUCCCAGAGUGACUUAUGCAUUGCCUAAUAAGAUCAUCUUUAAGUUUGCUUCUGGAGUAUCUUCAGCAAAAAAAGAUGUUUUGCAUGGAGUUGAAGAAGAAGAGCCCUCUGUUAAUUCACCUGAUGAAAUUGAUUCUCUCAGUGGUAGAGAUGUUGAACAGCCUCAAAAAUCGAUCACUAGACGGGCUUAUGAACAUUCUCCAAAUAUGCCAAAAAGAAGUGAUGAGGAGUUGGAAGAACUCUCCAAAGAGUCAAAAUCUGUUCUCAUUCCUCUCUUUGAGAAAGAAUUGACUGCCAGUGAUACUGAAGCAAAGAACGGGCACCUUGUGCUACCAAAGAGAUGUGCAGAGGCUUACCUCCCAAAAGUUACUGCACAGCAACAAGUCCCCAUCAUGGUGGAGGACACAAGUGGAAAUAACUGGCAAUUGUACUAUAGGAUGUGGUCCAAUGGUAAUGGCAAGAUGUAUGUCCUUGAAGGGCUUAAAGAGUACUUUAACAUGAUACAGUGGCAAGCUGGUGACACAGUUAUAUUGUACCGGAGAGAGCCAGAAGGAAAUUUGGUUAUGGGAAUCUCAAGGGCUCAAGCUGGUAAAUCGGGCCAGAAGAGUUCAGCUUGAGGAACUGAAAUGAGACAAACCCGUCAAAGACCAGUGUGAACCCUGUGCUUUUCAGGGAUGAUGUUGAAGGUCCUUUUCUGCAUGCUGUAACAAGUCAAACUUUAGUAUGUUGAUGAGUUGGUGAAGUCUGCUUUUGUGUUUCAAAAACUUAUUAUCCUUUUCUCUGUUAUUAGCCAAACCUUCAAGGAAACAAAUGCAACUAAGUGUGCUAUGCUAAUAUGUAGUUUGUUGGGAUGUUUUCCAUAAUGUUUAAAUUAUGUUUUUCUUGUGUGCAUGUUUGCAAGAUGAAAGGGCAUUUGGUCUGUGGAUGAGCUCUGUUGUGAAGUACAGAUUCAUCACUCUAGAUGAUGGAAGACCAAAUCAUGUUGGUUGCAGACCUGAUUGCAAACACUUGGUAUGAACCAACAACUUUGGUACUCCCUUUGCAGCUCUUAUGUAAUUCAGGAGCAACAAAAACCAUUGUGGAGGAACAAGAACAAGAAAAAUGCCUACACUUUUGUUGAAACCAAAACCUUCUGGCACCAGUUGAGACCUGAUCUAAUCUUUUAUGGAAAGAAUAUCCCUUGCAUGUGAAAUUGCCAUCAUCUUCACAUUACACGUCAAAGUUCUGGUUAAAAUGUAUCCCUUGUUGGUUGGUUCAUGGUUGGCUGUUUUUUUUUUUUUUUUGGAGAAAAGUAAAUAUUGGGAUUACGA